AUGCGUCUCACUAUAAAUGUGGCUUUAGGCCUUGUGGGCAGCGUUUUCGCUGCCCCUGCGCCAGAAGCUUGUAAAGCCGAUAGGACUGAUGUUGUGCUCCAGCCUUAUGCCAUUGUGCAUGAUGGUAGAACAUCUACCACGACUAUUACACGCACUUAUACGGAUAACUCAUGGUCUGCCCAGACUCUGGUUCCUUCUCAACAGCAUAACCCUGGUUCACCUACCUCUCCCGGAGUCCCAGGUCCCUGCAUCAACUGUAUUACUAUCACUACCACCGGCCCCAUUCCUUAUGUCACUACAGUUCCCCCUGCUUCGGCCGGAGGAAGGACUACUGUCUUUACCUGCUCCGGGCGCAAGACUGUAACAGCACCUGCAUGCCACGAAUGCGUUACUGUUACUGUCAGCGGAACCGCCCCUUGGAUCACUACAGUCCCCCCGGCUUCAUCAGGAGGUAAGACUACAGUCUUUACCUGUCCGGGCCAGGAAACGGUGACCGUAACUGGCACACUGUCAAGCACCACGACUAUCAACCCUACUUCGGGAUGUAGCGACUGCACAGUCACAGUGAUUACUCCCCCAGCCACAUCCUCACCAGCCAGCGGACUUGUUACUACAAUCACGACUACUGGGACCGCAACUGGCAUUACUACCCUGCCUGCGACCAGCGGUGGUACUACUACUGUCAUUACCACUGCCACAGGGCCUCCCCUGAUUACUGCAACUACGACGACAGGAACAGCAACUAGUCUAGCCACCUUGCCUGUCUCUAGUGGUGGACCAACUACUACUGGGACCCAUACAACAUCAGCGCCAGCAGGAGGUCUUACUACAAUCACUAGGCAGGGUACCACUACUGGUCUAACUACCUUACCUGCUACCUCAGGCGGCACUACUACAGUUGUUACGUAUACAACCCCUGGCGGAGGCCUCAUCACUGUGACUUCAACUGCAUCAACCACGGGUCUGACAACACUUCCCGCCACGACUGGUGGCACUACAACUAUUGUCACGUAUGUUACGCCAUCUUCAGUCGAAACUGGCGGCUUAACUACGUUGACUUCAACCGCUUCUACUACUGGUCUCACAACACUUCCCGCGACGAGUGGUACCACUACUGUCGUUACCCAUGUCACCACUGAGACUUCAACUGCUUCUACCACUGGUCUAACUACUCUUCCAGCAACAAGUGGCGGCACCACAACUAUCGUCACAUUUGUGACACUCCCCGGAGGUGGCCUCACAACCGAGACUUUGACUGCUUCUACCACUGGUCUAACUACUCUUCCUGCUACUGAAGGUGGCACUACGACUAUUAUCACCUAUGUCACCCCCGGCGGUGGUCUUACUACUGAGACCUCCACAGCUUCCACCACUGGUCUUACUACCUUACCCGCGACCUUAGGCGGAACUACAACUAUCAUCACAUUUGUGACACCCCCUGAAACUGGUGGCCUUACAACUGAGACUUCCACAGCUUCUACUACUGGUUUAACUACCUUGCCUGCUACCUCCGGCGGAACUACAACUAUUGUCACAUUUGUAACACUACCUGGAACCGGUGGUCUUACCACCGAGACUUUAACUGCAUCAACCACUGGCUUGGCAACACUUCCGGCAACAAGCGGCGGCACUACAACUAUUGUCACAUACACUACUCCCCCUCGAACUACCGUUACUUAUGAGGCUAGUACAACUGGCCUUACUACCCUACCUGCAACCAGCGGCGGUACUAUUACUGUCGUUACUUUUACUACUCCUCAGAAAACUACUGUUGCUUCCGAGCUUAGUACAACUGAUCAGGCUACCCUUCCAGUAACCAGUGAGGGCACUCCUAUUGUCAUUACUUCGACUACUUCUCCGCAAGCUACUUUUACCUCUGAGUCUACCACAGGUGAUCUAACCAUUACCCCAGUAACCAGUGGUGGCACUACUACUGGUAUAUCUUCGACGACUUCUCAGCAAACCACUUUUACCUCUGAGGCUCCUACAACUGAUCUGGCUACUACCCCAGUAACCAGCGAUGGCACUACUACUAGUGUUAUUUCGACUACUUCUCAGCGAACCACUUUUACCACUGAGGCUACUGCAACUGAUCUGGCUACUACCCCAGUAACCAGCGAUGGCACUACUACUAGUGUUAUUUCGACUACUUCUCAGCGAACCACUUUUACCACUGAGGCUACUGCAACUGAUCUGACUACCAGCUUAGCGACCAGUGGUGGUACUACAACUUCUACUUCUGAGUGCUCUGUGGUAUCAGGAUCAACCACCGUUAGCGCAACCCUCAAUUCGUCAGGAUCGGCCAAUUUCCAGGUACCCGCCUGUGCCACGAGCAUGGCUUUCAGUGUUACUGGUGGUUCCGGAAAUCCAAGAGGUGGUUCAGGGGGUAAUGGAGCCAUCUUGCAAGGUUCCAUGCCAGUUGUACCGGGGCAGUCAAUCCAGGCUAUAGCUGGAGGCCAAGGCUUAGGCUCUGGCACAGGAAUAGGUUACCCUGGAGAGGGCUAUGGCAACGGUGGCAAUGCCACUCAAAAUGGCGGAACUGGCGGUGCAGGAUCAGCACUCUUCGUCGGGGGAAACUUGGUUGUCGUGGCUGGUGGCGGAGGAGGUUGCUAUUCAGCCUAUGAGUGGCACUUGUCAGGCGACCAACGAUACUACACUUACAGAUCUGACUUUGUGGAUGUAAGCAGGGGCGGGAGUAUCACUGGUGUUCAGGGCUCUGACGGCUGGGACUUAUCCAUUAAUCAAUACCUCAAGCCGGGCAGUGGAAUUGCGACUAUGCUUACCAUGGGUGGAGGCAAAGCUGGUACUACCUCUGGUCCCGGUGCUGCAGGUGAUUACGUCUCUGGAGUCUAUCUCGGCUUCGUUGCAGGCCAGCCAGGAAACGGUCAGAAUGGAGGUGAUGGCGGUACUGCUAAUCAUACAGGUCUUGCAGGAGGCGGCGGAGGUGGUGGCGGUGGCUACUUUGGAGGAGGUGGUGGUGCUAGUGGAUGGCAUCAGAACGAAACCGCAUACGGAGCUGGUUCCACGAUUUAUACUGGUGAGAUAGCAGGCUCUCCCGGCGGUGGCGGAGCAAGUUAUGCUGCACCUGGCCUUGACGUCUCCGAGACUUGGCAAACAGAAACAGCUCCUGGGAGUGUUAUUCUGACCUUCUUCUAA